AUGUAUAUCAGUACUUGCUCUGCUCCUGGAAAAGUGCUUUUGGCCGGUGGAUACAUUGUUCUUGAUCCUCAAUAUAGCGGCCUUGUUGUGGGUUUAGACGCCAAAGGUUAUGCUACGACAACUACAUUGUCAAGCCGCCAAGGACUUCUUCAUGUAAAAAGUCCUCAAUUCAUUGAUGCUGAAUGGCUAUACAGGGUAGACUGGUCUUCUUCCCCAAUCCGGGUUUUCCAAAAAGACGAAAAACAAAGUCCUAAUCCAUUUGUUCAGCUUGCUAUAUUCUACAUCUUAAACUACAUCUUCCCUUCUGGAAAGCAUCCAGAGGAAUGGAGAGACUUGAAUGUCAUCAUUCAAGUAGAUAAUAGCUAUUAUCACCAACCAGAAUUACCAAAAGACUUGCAUGCAUAUCCCAAAUUUAAUUUUCUUAAUUGCAAGUUACAUGAAGUUAAAAAAACCGGGCUUGGAAGCUCAGCUGCUAUGAUUACGAGUUUUAUAAGCUCUUUAUUUUUGACUUUGAAUCAACUAUCUGACAAGAAUCCCGCCCAACCACAACUGACCAUACCUUCUAAAACGAUCAUCCACAAUUUGAGCCAAAUUGCUCAUUGUGCUGCACAAGGUAAAGUUGGUAGUGGAUUUGAUGUGGGUGCAGCCGUCUGGGGUAGUUGUAUUUAUCGCCGAUUUGAUCCUCAACUUAUUCAGCAUCUGCUUGUAGAUCCUACUCAUCAGUUGGCAGGCGAAAAUUUUUCCAAUGAAUUAAGGCACAUAAUUUCAAAAGAAUGGUCCCCGGUGAAGCCUUUCACUUUGCCUUCUCAAUAUCGUUUGCUCAUGGGCGAUGUUGCCGGUGGAAGUGGAACACCAGGAAUGGUCAAGAAGGUUCAAAAAUGGCAAAAAGAAAACAAAGCAGAUUCUCAAAAGCUUUUUGAUGAUCUUUACGGUCACGUUUCUACAUUACAACAACUGUUCGUUUCUGCGACCGGUUCGUCAGUUGACUUGCGAAACCAUUUUCAAUCUAUCAGAAAAAUCCUUCAAUCUUUGACUUCCAAGGUGAAUGUGGAUAUUGAGCCUGAAGCUCAGUCUAAGAUUCUUGAUAAAUUGGAAGCUAUUGAAGGAGUAAUUGGAACUGGGGUUCCUGGUGCAGGUGGAUUUGACGCUCAGUUUUGCAUUUUACAAAAUGAGAAACAUGGAAUUGAGAAAGUUAUUAAUUUGUGGAAUUCAUCUAGUGUUACACCUAUGCAAGUGGGUCCUACGGAUGCUGGUUUAUCCGUUGUGGAUAACCUGCAAUAA